CAUCCAGCGCUGCGUCCAGCUCCGAAGAUACGCCGUCCCGUCCACGGGAGCUCGCGCCGUAAUAAAAGCAUCGCGCUUUUCAAGAUGCCCCCGGAGCGAAGGCUCGGCGAGGGAUGGUUUGGGUUUUUUUUUUCCCUUGCGGCAACGAAUUAGUAGGGCGAGGAGGACCCGCCCGGCGAGGCCCGCCUUCCCUUCCUCAGGCGCCUCCCCUGGACGCUGCUGCAGUCGCGUUAGCAACCAGGGCCGCUGCUUCCGGCAGCCAUGGAUCCUUCCUUGCUGCAGACACUCAUUAAUUACUAUUGCCAAGAAGGCUACUUUCGUCACAUUCAGACACUUGCCAGCGAAGGCCUCAAGUUGUUUGGCAAUGACCCAAGCUUCGUUUUUUACCGCAUUUAUGGCAGGCUGAUGGAAGGGCACAUUCAAGAGGCUCUUCUCGACCUCGAACCUCUUAAAAACAAGCAGGACGUAUCCCUCUGCACAAUGAUGGCAAUGAUCUAUGCCCAUAAAAAGAGCCCAAAUCCAGAUCGAGAAGCCAUUGUGGAGCUGGAUGCCAAGCUGAAGGAGCAACGCAAAGUAGCAGGGCAGCAGGCGUUGUAUUUUGCAGGCUUGUUCUUGUGGCAUAUUGGGCGCCACGAGAAAGCCCGCGAAUACGUUGACAGAAUGAUCAAGAUCUCGAAUGGCAGCACAGAGGGAUUGAUUUUGAAAGGGUGGCUUGAUGUCACCUCUGGAAAAGAAGCAAGUAUUAAAAAAGCUGUGAAAUACUUUGAUGAAGGGCUGCAAAAUGGAAACGAUACCUUUGGCCUGAUGGGUAAAGCACAAUAUUUUGAAAUGCGCCAGAAUUACUCAGGAGCUUUGGAGAUGGUAAAUCAAAUAAUAGCCCACGCGCCACAAUUCCUUCCUUCUUUUAUAAAGAAAAUGAAGCUGCAGCUGGCUCUGCAAGAAUGGGAACAGGCAAACGAGACUGCACAGAGGUUGUUGCAGAAAGAUGCUCUUAAUUUGGACGCUUUAAAAAUGGAGGCCAUUCAUUAUUUGUGUAGGGAAGGAAAUAUACCUGAGGCUUCCUCAAAGUUGGAAGAUUUGAUUAGUGCGUUGGAUAAGUUGGAACCACAUAACCCCCAGCUCUUCUGCAAAACGGCGUUGGUGUUCAGCAGAACUUGUGGCCGCAACCCACUGAUCCUUCAGCAGACUCAGACUUUGGUGGAACGAGCUUUCAGCUUAGACCCCCACAAUGCAGAUAUCGCUACAGAGCUUGGCUACCAGAUGAUUUUGCAGGGGAAAACGAAGGAGGCCUUAAAAUGGUACAAGACUGCCAUAGCUCUCGACGAAACAAGCGUUCCCGCACUAACUGGAAUUAUCCGGAGCCAGCUAAUGGAAGGGAAGCUAGACGAUGUAGAGCAGCAGUUGGAGUUCCUGAACGAAAUCCAACAGUCUAUCGGGAAAUCAGCAGAAUUAUCUUACUUGCGUGCAGUGUUGGCUAUGAAGAAAAACAAAAGACAAGAGGAAGUUAUUACUUUAUUGAACGAUGUGCUUGAUACUCAUUUUUCCUCAUUGCAAGGCUUACCUCUUGGUGUAGAAUAUUUUGAAAAAUUAAAUCCUGACUUUUUGAUAGAGAUUAUUAAGGAGUAUCUUAGCUUUUGCCCAACGCAGCCUGCAGGUCGAGGACAACCUCCAUCCCCGCUUCUCAAGCCUUGUGCGUCCGUCCUUGAAACUGUGGUUAAAACUGUUCCUGGUCUCCUGGAAGCCGCCUAUUUAGUUGCAAAGGUGAAGUAUUUGGCAGGUAACACUGAAGCAUCCCAGAGCAUCUUGCAGCACUGCAUAGAACAGAAUCCAUCACACGCAGAUGCCCAUCUCCUUAUGGCUCAAGUGCAUUUGUUGCAAAACAACUUCAAACUCUGUUCUCAGUCUCUGGAACUCUGCCUAAGCUAUAACUUUGAGGUCAGAGAGCAUCCUGUGUACCACUUAAUAAAAGCUCGAGCCCAAAUAAAGAUGGGGGAAAUAGCAGAAGCUGUUAAAACUCUGCAGAUGGCAAUGAACUUGCCUGGAAUGAGAGCCGCCGCACCUUCCUCAAAGUCAAAAACAAAGAGGAUUGAAAUUGACGGGAGUGAUCGUGUGUCCGUCUAUCUGGAACUAGUAGAUGCUCAUCGGUUGAAUGGCGAACAGCACGAAGCCAUUAAAGUCCUCCAAGAUGCUAUCAACGAAUUUUCUGGCACCCCAGAAGAACUGAGAGUUAUGCUUGCUAAUGCAGACCUAGCCCUUGCGCAAGGCGAUGUGGAAGCGGCUUUGACGAUGCUCAGGAAUAUAACCCCAGAGCAGACUUACUUUGUUCAAGUCAAAGAGAAAAUGGCAGAGAUCUAUCUGGAGCACAGGAAGGAUAGGAAGCUAUAUGCAAGCUGUUACAGAGACCUGGUGGAGAAACUUCCAAGUUCUCACACCUUUCUUCUCCUUGGUGAUGCAUAUAUGAAUAUCCAGGAGCCUGAAGAAGCCAUCGUGAUAUAUGAACAGGCUUUGAAGUUGAAUCUAAAGGAUGGAGCAUUGGCUCGCAAAAUUGGGAAUGCCUUGGUCAAGACUCAUAAGUAUACAAAGGCAAUCAAUUAUUAUGAAGCGGCUCUGAAAACUGGGCAGCAGAAUUUCCUUUCUUACGACCUGGCAGAGCUAUUGCUGAAAUUGAACCAGUAUGAAAAAGCAGUAAAAGUCCUUCAACAGGUUUUGGAUCAUGAGUCUGUAAAUGAUUUGUCCUCUCUGAUGGAAGAUACGCGUUACCAUGUUCUUCUGGCAAAGGUGUACAGCAAAAUGGACAGGACGGACGAUGCUGUUGUUUCCUUACAACAGGCUCAGGAACUGCAGGCCAGAGUAUUGAAGCGGAUUCAGAUAGAGCAGCUGGACGCGGUUCCUGUUCAGAAGCAACUAGCAGCUGAAAUUUGUGCAGAGAUAGCAAAGCAUUCAGCGGCCCAGCGGAACUAUGAGAAAGCAAUUAAAUUCUACAAAGAAGCUCUUGUUCAUUGUGAAACGGACAACAAGGUGAUGCUGGAACUAGCCCGUUUGUACCUUGCACACGAUGAUGUGGAUGCAUGCCAGCGCCAGUGUGCUCUGUUGCUGAAGAGUGAUCCAGAUAAUGCGCCAGCUGCCAUGAUGAUGGCUGACCUCAUGUUCAGGAAACAGGACUACGAACAAGCGGUGUUUCAUUUCCAGCAGCUUUUGGAACGCAGCCCAGAUAAUUAUGCAACGCUAUCACGUUUAAUUGACCUGUUAAGAAGAGCUGGAAAGCUAGAAGAAGUUCCAAGAUUUAUUGCCAUGGCUGAGAAACAUUCCCCCAGGACAAAACUGGACCCAGGUUUUCACUAUUGCAAAGGAUUGUAUCUUUGGUACACUGGCGAACCAAAUGAUGCGCUUCGACAUUUUAACAAAGCGAGGAAAGACAAUGACUGGGGACAAAACGCUGUUUAUAAUAUGAUUGAAAUCUGCUUGAACCCUGACAAUGAAACAGUGGGAGGUGAAGUGUUUGAACAUCUGGACGGUGACGCAAAUAGCUCAACAGAGAAGCAAGAGUCUGUGCAGCUGGCUGUGAGAACAGCAGAGAAGCUCUUAAAAGAACUGAAGCCCCAGACAGCUCAAGGCCAUGUGCAGCUCCGCAUCAUGGAAAACUACUGCCUUGUGGCAACCAAACAAAAAUCAAAUGUUGAGCGAGCGCUAAACGCCUUUACAGAAAUUGUGGUUGAUGAGAAAGAUCACAUCCCAGCACUUUUGGGAAUGGCCACGGCUUACAUGAUCUUAAAACAAACCCAGCGAGCCAGGAACCAGUUGAAGCGCAUUUCAAAGAUGAACUGGAAUCCCGUUGAUGCAGAAGAGUUUGAAAAAAGUUGGCUUCUCCUCGCUGACAUUUUCAUUCAGUCUUCAAAAUACGAUAUGGCUAGUGACCUGUUAAAACGGUGCCUUCGUCAUAACAGGUCUUGUUGCAAAGCUUAUGAAUAUAUGGGAUACAUAAUGGAGAAAGAACAAGCAUAUAAGGAUGCAGCUGCGAACUAUGAGAUGGCCUGGAAAUAUGGAAACCAAACAAAUCCAACAAUUGGUUUCAAGUUGGCAUUUAAUUACCUGAAAGCCAAGAGAUACAUUGAUGCAAUCAAUGUUUGUCAUAAGGUUUUAGAACAGCAUCCAAACUACCCCAAGAUCAGAAAGGAAAUACUUGAUAAGGCACGCGUAGCAUUAAGAACUUGAACAAUAUUGUAUGUAUUUAUCUUAAAUGGGGGGGCAAACACAGAAAGGUCUGUAAAACUAUCUGUGUAGCUACAUGCUCAGUUAGUUCCCAUUGAAAAAAGUGGAGAGUACUUUUAGAUUAUCUGUCUUCUGGAAGAGGCAGUUUUAGCACAUAGAGUGUUCAGCAAAUUUAAAAGAUAAUCAGUGUCUGUUACUACCCACCUGUAGGUAUUGGCUACAGUCCAAAUAAAUCACUUUGGUGUAAGGGAACAACAGCCACAGCUGGAACGUCCUUUGAAGGUUGCUCUGUGACAGAGAGAGUUCCCAGCUGCACCCUCCUUCGCUGGCCUUCGAACAUCACCCUCGUAAAGGUGAUUUAUUUGGAGUACGGCCAUGCUUUUGAAAUGGUGUAUAAUCGGGGUCCUCAAAGGCAGCGGGGGGAAAGACCGCGAGAAUGCUUUAUUUGUGUCUCACACUUCUGUUUUCUUUUUGCAAAACGUUUUCCCAGCUGGAAUCCUAGAUCAAGUAGACCAAAAAUCCCUUCCCCUACCCCAGUUUAUUUUACCAAUGACUAAUUUAUUUUGCUAUUGUAUACUACAGAAAUCAUUACAUAAUUGCGCAAGGUGCCAGUAGUUCCCUAAGGAUUUAUUUACUGAUUACAUACGCAACUUGCCAUUCUUUUGAGAUGUUCAGUCUCAACCAUUUGGCAAGGUGGGUUAAGCUGAAACGAUGUCUCAUCCCCAUAGGCUAUCCUACUGAACGGGAGGAAUUUGAAUUUCAUUCUACCACAUUUAUUUAUUAGCUAACGAUAUUUGCAUGCUACUCUGCAAUUAUUAUUAUUUUAUAAUUCAUUAAAAUGAUUUUAAAAUACAAUAUAAAAGAAUUAAAAAUACAAUUACAACAAAGCACCUCUUGGCAGAUAGAGAAAGCAGUAAAAUCAGGGACAGACCAAUUUAAAAACUUUAGCAAACCAGGGUUCUCACAGUUUGAAACACUUUGAUUGAAGAUCUAGUUGUCCUCCAUGCUUAAAGCUCCAAAGUAGUAUUAUUACUAGAACUUCUAGUAGAAACGACAACGUAUUUUACUUCAUUUGUAUAAUUCAUUAUUUGGAUUAUUGUGUAAAACUGUCUUUCAAGUGAUUAUUGUUUAUGUAGCCUCAAAGAAUUCCCAUGGCUUUUUCUGAGAGGCUUGUUUCAGUGCCUGCAAUAUAGCAUGUAGGCCAUAAUUCAAGUGGACAGAGAUAUGCCUCACCUUUUGUAAACACUAUAUUUACAUAUGCUUUUAUCAUAUGAUUUGCAUUGUUUUAUGAAUUUUGGUAUUUUUCAUGUAAACUGUACUGAAUUACUAAUUCGAAAAGAAUGUAUCAAUGUCUUACAUAAAAUAAAUAUAUUUCUUCAAA